AUGAUCCACGCCGUGCUUAUUUUUAACACGUCAGGCGUACCCCGCCUAACCAAGUAUUACGUCCCCCCUUCAUCAUUCACACCUGUACAGAAAGCUGCCCUUCCAGGAAAGAUCUUCCAGUUGAUUUCAGCACGUUCUGCCACCCUGUGCAACUUCCUCGAUGCUCCCAACCUCAAUCUAUUCCCCAAUGCACAGAAAGACGGCGAUGAGACGAGAAUAGUGUACAGAUGUUACGCAACACUUUAUUUUGUAUUCGUUGUGGAUUCAUCGGAGAGCGAACUCGGCGUUCUUGAUCUUAUUCAAGUCUUUGUGGAAGCUCUUGACCAAUCAUUUGAAAAUGUCUGCGAGCUCGAUCUCGUUUUCCAUUUUGACGAUGUCCAUCAUAUCUUGGCGGAGAUGAUCCAAGGUGGGUUAGUCCUCGAGACAAACGUCCAUGAGAUUGCGCAAUCAGUUCGCGAAGCUCGCAAAGCUCGAAAAGAUUCAUAUGCUACGGCGAAUCCUUUAUCAUUGGGAGGUAGUACGGCCGGGACAAGUCAACGCGGUGGCACGAGCAUGACAACCCCUUUGGGUUGGUUGGCAGGGAAGAUGACUGGGCUAGGCUCAAGAUAG